GAUUCAACAUGGAGGGAAAGGGAGCAAAAUUCACAUUCCAGGAGUUAAGAGGAAAGAAAUUUCUAUCGGUGGAGGAUAAAGAUAACAAAGAACUCUUAACGAAAUGGUCUAUGCAAGGAAGAUUGAAAUGUCAGAUGUAUAGCUUUGACCAAUCAUUCCAGGCCUACCAAAAAGACGAUUUUGUUGCAGACUUUAUGAAGGAUCCUAAUGUAGUAUCAACCCUACAGACGGUGUCAGAGAGCUGCUCUUGGUCGCCAGUUGGUGUAUCUGCCACCAGUGUAACGGCUGAAGUUGUUCCCUGCACUGUGUUAUCCAUGACUCUAUUCGACAGACUCACUGACAAUGAUAUUGUCAGAGAGAAUGGUGCCAUUCGGAAAUGUUUUGACGAGUUCUAUCAAGACUUCACAAUUUCAGAUGAACUGCGGAAGCUGCUGCUGAUUGACGACUCCGACAACUACUGUAUAUAUAGUGAUGGUGAGAGGGAAGAGUUCCUGUUCUGUCUGUUCACACACUUCUGUCUAGGAGGGAAGAUCUGCCAAUAUGAGGACAACAUUGAUCCCUACCUAGAGGUGACAAAACAGGUGUACAAGGAACUCAUCAGUGUACAGAAGAAUUCUGAGACCAAGGACCUUAGCAUAAUAUCAAGUGUGUUCAAAGUGACGGCUUCAAACGACGGCCACAUGUACUACCCAGCUGACAAACCCCACAAUCAGACAUUUUCUUACCUUAUAGUGGAUCCAUUUAAACGACACGUGACUGCCCUCUACCACAAGUUCGGCUCCAGCAUGUAUGACUAACACUGCUGACUCGCAGUACAAUCAUUACUGACUCUAGAUAGAAUCAUACAUAAUAUCAUGUCAGCAUUUAUUUUGUCAAUUGUGAAAUAAAAUGAAAUGUUUUUGUAAA